AUGACCAAGGGGCAAAUCGAAAUCGGCGAGUUGCGACAUCGAGGGCGCGUCAUUAUCGAAAUGUAUUUUAAUCGCCCACUGACGGUGGAAGUUGUAAUAUUGGACAAAAACGAUAGUCCGCCCGAGUUCAAGAACAUACAGCCAGCAUACAUGGCAUCCGAGGAUCUUGCUCCCGGGCAGAUCAUUGCGAGGAUCAUCGCAGAAGAUCCCGACACAAUUGGAUCGAUUGCGUACAGCAUACAGUCAGAUGGAAGUACGCCAUUCCUAUUGGACAGGCUCACUGGAGAUUUGAGUCUUAAAGAGCCAUUGGAUAGAGAAACAACGUCAGAGUAUGAAGUGAUCAUUCGCGCUGAUGAUGGAAACCAAUUUACAGAUGUCGCCAUUGUUGUCCAGGUCACGGAUACGAAUGAUAAUCCACCCGUCUUCAAGGAAAGUGCAUACUCCUUCGAUGUAGCGGAGAAUGCAGCGCGAGGCUCCGUUGUCGGCACAGUAGAGGCCAUUGACCUCGACUGGGGCCCUAACGCUCAGCUGACGUAUACCGUGAUCUCUGACUGGGCUAAUGAUGUCUUCUCGCUGAACCCACAGACCGGUGUCUUCACGCUGACAGCGAGACUUGAUUACGAAGAGACACCGCAUUAUAUUUUAGUGACGCAAGCGCAAGACAACGGGCACCCGUCAUUAUCAGGAACAGUUACCAUUUAUAUUAAUGUCAUCGAUCUGAAUGACAAUGCUCCAGUUUUCGAUCCGAUGAGUUUUGCUAACGAAAUUCUUGAAGACGUACCAGUUGGCACUUCUGUGGUGACCGUGAGUGCGACCGACUUAGAUUCUGGUUGGAAUGGUAAACUGGCAUAUACUAUCACAUCGGGUGACGAUGAUGGGGACUUCACAAUAUCUCCUAACGGAACCAUUAAAACUGUAAAGCUAUUGGAUAGAGAGAAAGUUCCUCUGUAUAAUCUGAUAGUAACAGCUAAGGAUUUGGCAAAGCCCCCUGAACCCCGGUUAUCGUCUACUGUACAGGUCACAAUACAAUUGAAAGAUGUAAAUGACAUGGCGCCCGAGUUUGUUAGUUCUAACUUCACUAGUAUCUCUGAAAAUAUACCCUUAAACACUGUUAUAAUGACAAUAAAAGCAAUCGACAAAGAUGAGGGAAGAAAUGGAUAUGUCGAAUAUUUUAUGGAUUCAAGUCCUGAAAAUAAUGGUUACUUUUCUUUGGGAAAUGUGGAUGGCAUUCUGCGAGCUACUGGUAAGCUUGACCGAGAACUGAAGUCAUCCUACACAAUAAGUGUUAAAGCAAAAGACAGGGGUGAUCCGCCUCAGGUUACUUCAACUAAAAUCGAAAUUAAAAUUCUGGAUGAAAAUGAUAACAGCCCUGUCUUCGACCCAAAACAGUACAGCGCGUCUGUGCCAGAGAACGCUAGCAUUGGCGCUAGCGUAUUACAGGUUUCUGCAACUGACAUUGAUGAAGAGGCGAAUGGAAGAGUUAGAUAUUCCAUUGACUCUGGAGAUGAAAAUAGGGAUUUUAGCAUAAGUGAAGAUACAGGCAUCGUAAGAGUGGCAAAAAAUUUGAAUUUUGAAAGAAAAGCUCGAUAUGUUCUUACGAUAAGAGCGGAAGAUUGCGCCAAAGACGAUGUGCGUUUUGAUACUGCUGAGCUGUCCAUUUUAUUGCAAGACAUUAACGAUAACCCACCGACAUUUUUGGACUCACCUUACUUAGCUAAUGUUAUGGAAAACGUGAUUCCGCCAAAUGGAGGCUAUAUAUUAACCGUACAUGCUUAUGACGCCGAUUCACCCCCCUUUAACAAUCAAGUGCGAUAUUUCAUUAAAGAAGGUGAUGCAGAUCUAUUCAAAAUAAAUGCUUCAUCAGGACAAAUAUCUUUGUUAAGAACACUGGACCGCGAGGCUCAAGAUGAAUAUACUUUAUCUUUAGUUGCUAUGGAUACAGGUUCACCCCCAUUGACAGGUUCAGGAACAGUUAAAGUAAUCGUACAAGAUGUGAAUGACAAUAGCCCAGAUUUUGAAAGGCUGAAUUACAGAGCACAUAUUAGGGAAAACUCUCUUCCGGGAACUUUAAUAUUAAGCCCAAGAGCAAUCGAUAAUGAUAUAGGUAAUAAUGCCAAGAUUCGAUACACACUGCUUGGCGAAAAAUCUGAAAGAUUUACAAUAAAUUCAAUAACCGGAGAUAUUUCAACGAAUGAAACUUUAGAUAGGGAAGAAUGGGAAAUAUAUUACCUAAUUGUUAUGGCGCAAGAUUCCUCUACAACAGACCCCCGAACUGCAACUGCUAAUGUUACAAUAAUAAUUGAAGAUGAAAAUGAUAACUCUCCAACAUUUUCCCAAACUAUAUACGAAGUCUUUAUAUCUGAGAAAACAAAGUCAAAUGACUUUAUUUUUGGUGCAAAAGCUAAAGACAACGAUAUUGGGAUGAAUAAAAAAAUUGUUUAUGACUUAAGAGGGGAAUAUAAACACUUAUUUAAUAUCAACCCACAAACUGGCGUCAUUAAGGCUAAUAAAGAUCUAACAAAAUAUAAUGACAGAUCAAGAACAUCGAAUUCAUUUAAUCUCAUAAUCGUAGCGACAGAUAAUGGUAUUGUACCUAGGCAAAGCACAGCAGAUUUAAUACUUAUACCUAAGUCGGGAAAAAACUUUCCUCAAUUCUCUGGACCAAAUAAAUUAACUUUUACAUUUCCGGAAGAUACACCCGAAGGUGUUUUAGUUACUCGGCUAUCCGCUUCUUCACCAAAAAAAGGAGCACUUGGUUUAUUGCAAUAUUCAGUGGCGGGAGGUAAUGUAGGAGAUGCGUUGAGAGUUGAGCCAAUUAGCGGUGAAGUUUUCAUAACGGGCAAAGGAUUUGACUUUGAAACGAUGCCUCUUUACGACGUGUGGUUUGAAGUUAAGGACUCUGAUAAUCCACCGUUGAAAUCGUUUAUAGAAAUUGAAAUAAAAGUUACCGAUGCAAAUGAUAAUGCACCACUUAUUGAGCAAAUUUUAUAUAACGCAACUGUACCUGAAGAAGAAUCACCUCCGCAAUCCGUAGUAAAAAUUUUCGCACAUGAUGAUGAUUCAGAUGAAAAUGGAAGAAUAACUUUUAGACUUUUAAAUGACUAUGAAGAAACUUUUGUAAUAGAUUCGUUCAACGGAGAAAUUUAUACAAAUAUAGCAUUAGAUAGAGAAGCGAUUCCAUUUUAUGAAAUUAUAGUUGAAUCCAUCGAUCACGGCGUUCCUCAAUUAACGGGAACGUCAACUGUUCUCGUUACAGUCUCUGAUAAGAAUGAUAAUCCACCGAGAUUUACGAGACUUUUCAGUGUAAAUGUAACUGAAAAUGCCGAUAUUGGAUCAUUUGUCAUAAAAGUUACAAGCUCUGAUUUAGAUAUUGGUCCUAACGCUAACGCAACCUAUAGUUUUGUUGAGAAUCCUGGUAAUAAAUUUGUCAUCGAUCCACUAACUGGUAAUGUUACGGUUGCUCGAUCUUUAGACAGAGAAAUUCAAGAUGAAUAUAUUUUGAAAGUUGCUGCUAUUGAUGGAGCGUGGAGAUCAGAAACUCCCUUAACAAUUACUAUACAAGAUCAAAACGACAAUGCUCCUGAAUUCGAAUAUUCCUAUUACAGUUUCAAUUUUCCGGAGUUACAAAAGAAAAAUAGUUUCGUUGGACAAGUCAUUGCGACUGAUAAAGACAAACAAGGUCCUAAUUCCAUAAUAUCAUAUUCUUUACAACAAACGUCUGAUUUGUUUUCCAUAGAUCCUGCAACCGGUGAGAUAUUAAGUAAAUUUACUAUGAACUAUAAACGGACAGCAGUCAAUCCAUCUCCAGAAAAUACUUACUCGGUGACUGUAGUAGCAACAGAUAAUGGAAAACCUCCUAUGUCCUCGGAAUGUCUUGUUACAAUUAAUAUUGUUGACGCCAAUAAUAAUAAACCUCAAUUUACAUCACACGAAAAAAUUGUACCUGUACCGUUUGAUGCAACGGUUGGUGAAAGAAUAAUACAACUGGAAGCAAAAGAUACUUUGGACUAUGGUAUCAAUGCUGAAAUUGAAUACUACGUAUUUAAUGGCAAUGGAACAUCAUAUUUUUCUAUAGAUAAAGAAUCAGGUUGGAUAACAGUCAGUAAACAAUUUAAGAAUGUUGGACGAUUUUACGAUAUCAAAGUAAAAGCUAUUGAUCGAGGAGUCCCUCCACAAUUUGAUGAAACUUAUUUGAUAUUCGUUAUAACGGGUGAAAAUAUUCAUAAUCCUAAAUUUACUGCUCUUAGUUAUCAAGUAAUAGUUCCAGAAAAUGAACCUGUCGGAUCCACUAUAUUAACACUGGUAGGUAGUGAUGAAGAUGAUGGCCCCAAUGGAAUAAUACGAUAUGAAAUUUCAUCAGGAAAUGAGGACGAUGUGUUUCAGAUCCACCCAAAAUCUGGUAAAAUAAGUAUACUUCGAUCCCUCGAUUACGACGAGGUUCAAGAGUAUCGACUUAAUAUUACAGCUAGAGAUUUAGGUUUCAAGCCCAAGGAAGCGACAGCAACAGUGACAAUUAUUUUAACUGACAUAAAUGAUAAUGCUCCUGUAUUUAACCAAACUCGCUACCAAGCAUAUUUGCCCGAAAAUUCGCCAGAAGAUACUUUUAUUUUUAGAGUACAAGCGAAUGACAUUGAUUCACCAAAGAAUGCUAUAAUCAGGUAUCACAUCCAUAAUCCUAUAUCUUCAUUAUUUUACAUCAAUGAAAAUAGUGGUAAAAUAUACUCCAAAACCGUAUUUGACUAUGAAGAAAAAAGUGUUUACAAACUAGAGAUUUUAGCAGAAAAUCCAGAUUCAAUUAUGCGAAGCACAACAGAAGUUAUUAUUCACAUUACAGGAGUUAAUGAAUUUUAUCCUAAAUUUGUGCAACCAGUGUUUCAUUUUGAUGUAUCUGAGUCAGCAGAGGUUGGCACGAAGGUUGGGGUCAUACAAGCAACAGAUCAGGAUAGUGGUGAUGAUGGAGUUAUUUACUAUCUUUUUGUAGGUUCGAGUAACGAUAAAGGUUUCAGUAUAAACUCUCAGACCGGUGUUAUAAGAGUAGCUCGUUACCUGGACAGAGAAACUCAAAAUAGAGUUGUUCUGACAGUACUGGCUAAAAAUUAUGGAAGCAUACACGGAAAUGAUACUGACGAGGCGCAAGUUAUUAUAUCGAUUCAGGACGGUAACGACCCUCCAGAUUUUUUGCGUCAUUACUAUGAAGCUACAAUCUCCGAAGGAGCAGCUAUUGGCGAAACAGUUCUACAAGUUCAAGCUGUUGAUAAAGAUGUACGGCCACAAAAUAAUCAAUUCAGUUAUUCAAUAAUUUCUGGCAAUGGUAAUCAUGACUUUAAAAUAGAUCCUCAAACUGGUGUUAUAGAAGUCAGUAGAUUCCUUGACCGUGAAAAGCUCCCUUCAUAUUCAGUUAUCGUUGGUGCUAUAGAUACCGGAAUUCCACCACAAACUGGAACCGCAACUGUAAAAAUUACAUUAACUGAUAUAAACGAUAACGGUCCUAUUUUCGACACUGAAAACUUUGAUGGCUCUGUUUAUGAAAAUGAACCUCCUAAUACCAGUAUCACUACACUUUCUGCUAAAGACCCAGACCUACCCCCUAAUGGUGCACCAUUUUCAUAUAAAAUUAUUGGAGGAAAACACCAAAGCUUUGUAAAAGUCCACAAACAUACUGGCGUACUUUUGACAACCAAGAAAAUUGACCGCGAAAUAACUCCAUACCUAGAAAUUGUCAUUCAAAUAGAAGACAGCGGCACCCCAGUAAUGACAUCAAAUUAUACCAUUCAAGUUAAAGUUUUAGACAGAAAUGAUAAUCCACCUACACCGAGAUCAGUUCAUGUCUUAGUUUAUGCUUUUAAUGACAAAUUACCAGCUAGUAAGAUUGCUGAUGUAAAACCGAACGAUCUCGAUACAGUCGGAGAUUACAAGUGUAAAAUCAUCAAAGAAUCGACUACAGAAUAUACACUAUCACUAUUAACAAUAAGAAAAGGUUGUGAUCUUUUUACCAAUUCUGUUAAACCAGGACAAGGCUAUUCAUUUUCUGUGUCAGGAAAUGAUGGUAUUCAUAAAGAUGUGGUAUCAUCAGUAAGUGUUGAGUACUUUUCAUUUGAUAACAGUACAGUUGCUCAAUCUGUAACACUUCGAGUAAUCAACAUAACUGCAACAGACUUUUUGAGGAAUUAUUAUCGUGUUUUAUUAGAAGUUUUAAAGAUUGGCCUAAAAAACAAAGAAAUCAUUUCUUUGUACAGUAUAAAUGACAUCAAAGAUAAUUUGGACUUAACAAUAGCUAUCAAAGAAAACGAUUACAUUUGGAAAAAAGAAAAUACUGAAAUGUAUCUUAUAUCAAAGGAAUUAGAAAUCAAAAAGGUUUUAAAGAAACAAGUUAUUAUACCGUACUUCCCGUGUAUAAAAAAUCCUUGUGAAAACGAUGGUAUCUGUACGGAUGCAAUAAAUGUAUUAGACGAUACUAAAAUAACCGAAAGUUCAACACUUAUUGUUGCAUCACCAAUAGUAGAACACAAUCACGAAUGUAAUUGUAAUGAAAGGUUUGUGGGUAAAAACUGUGAAAAACGACAAGAUCCAUGUUCACCGAACCCGUGCAAGUUUGGAGCCGUAUGUCGUAAACAAGGCCACGAUUUUAUGUGUCAUUGCCCGCCGAGACGGGAAGGAAAAACGUGUGAAAUUGAAAGGGAUGAUGCUUGUAGUAGUAACCCGUGUAAAAAUGGCGGAUCAUGCAAAGAAAGUUCAGAUCGAAGUUCAUUCUUUUGCCUGUGCCGUCCAGGAUACCGCGGAAAUCAAUGCGAAGGUCUAGUUGACUCAUGUAGACCUAAUCCUUGUUUGUACGGAGGAAUAUGCAUUAGUCUGAAGCCUGGAUACAAAUGCAGUUGUACAAAUGGUCGUUAUGGGACACACUGUGAAAGUUCAACGUUUGGCUUUAAUGAACUAUCAUACAUGCAGUUCCCAGCCUUAGAUGCAUCUACUAAUGAUAUAACACUCAUAUUUGCUACCACAAAGUCUGAUUCUCUUUUAUUGUAUAAUUACGGAGCUCAAACAGGAGGAAGAUCGGAUUUCAUAGCUAUAGAAUUACUUGGAGGAAAGCCGGUGUUUUCCUUUGGAGGAGCUCGAACUUCUAUUACUACGGUGGCUAUUACGGAUACUGAAAGAAACUUAGCUGAUGGCAAGUGGUACAAGUUGACAGCGACCCGAAAUGGCCGAGUAAUAUCACUAAGUAUUGCUACCUGUACUGACCAUGGCGAUAUUUGUACCGAAUGCGAGCCCGGCGAUAAAUCUUGUUAUGACGAUGAUACUGGACAAGCAGGAACUCUCAACUUUAACAACGAACCUCUUCUCAUUGGUGGAUUGAACAAAGCAGAUCCAGUGUUGGAGAGACCAGGACAGAUACAUUCUGAUGACUUCGUGGGUUGCAUGCACAGUAUAACGAUAAAUGGACGUCUUUUGAAUUUGACAAAUCCAAUUAAAGCCCGGGGAGUCGAGUCUAAUUGUGGCAGAUCAGAAAGAGGAGCUUGUUUCAAAAAUGAUAUAUGUGGAAAUGGUGAAUGCGUUGAUCGCUGGAAAACAAAUUAUUGUCACUGCGGUAAUAGUCUCUUGUCACCAGAUUGUAGUUCGGCGCUUCAAAGCAUUUCUCUGACAGAAAGUGGUUUUGUAAUUUUCACAAUAUCCGAAAAGCAUAGAAGGAUGCAACUUCUUGAAUCAUUUUACGGGGGUAAUACUGAUUGGGAUAAAAAAUUAAACAAAAAUAUUGGAAAACAAGUUUCAAAAGCUAAUAAUCCAGUAAAAAUAUUAUCGUUCCUUUUUAAAACUCAUAAAGCGUUCGGAUUGCUAUUCUAUGCAGCUACAGAUAAGUAUUAUACAGUAUUAGAACUAAUCGAGGGUAAAGUUAGUUACAGUUCAAAACAAAAUUCCUUGAUAAACAUGACACAAACAGAACAACUAGAUGUAUCCGAUGGUAAUUGGCACAAUGUGACUUUAUUCGGAUAUGGAAGAAGCAUUAAACUAAUUGUGGAUGAUAAAACGCUCGGAGAAGAACUCGAUGCUGCAAGUGUGCAUGAUUUUCUAGAUCCGUACUUAACCGUUAUGUCGUUAGGAGGGGUAAAGUCAGAGUGGAUAUCGUCUUAUCAAAAGUUUGAGGGAUGUCUUGCGAAUUUCACAAUAAAUCAUGAAAUCCAGCCAUUUGCUGGAAACGGAAGUAUCUUUAAAGAAGUAACCCGAAAAGGAAAAGUAAUAUCUGGAUGUCACAGCGCUUUUGGUGUAGGUUUAACACAGAAUCCAGAUCCGUUAAGUAUUGGAAUAACAUUAGUGAUAUCAUUCUUUAUUAUCUUAAUAGUGGCAAUAUUAGUAUCAUUUGUUGUUUUUCGGUUACGAAAGCAAAAGAAGGAAAAAAAUGGGGUACCAAACACGAAAAGUAAUGUGGUACAUUCCAAACAAAAUGGUGGCCCAGCAAUGCUAAAUGCUCCAAAUUUGAUUGCGGGUACAAACGAUAACCUAUUAAAUAGAAAUAUGCACAGCAAUGAAACAAGUCUUAAUAGUUACAUGUCUGAAAACGCAGAUAUAAUGCGCAAUGUUGGUCACAUUGUCGGUCCAGAAUUGUUGUCUAAAAAGUACAAAGAUAGGGAAAUUAUGAAUAUAGAUCCUCCGAGGCCUCAAAGACCGGAUAUAAUCGAAAGAGAAGUAGUAGGAAAAAGUCCGGCUCUAAGAGACGAUCAUCACGUACCUCCCCCACCAUCAACAAAUACAUCGCAUUCCCAUAGUCAUGACCACCCUAGUGGUAUGGACUUAAAUUCAGAAGUACCGGAACAUUACGAUCUCGAAAAUGCAAGUUCAAUAGCACCGUCCGAUAUAGACAUUGUAUAUCAUUAUAAGGGAUUUAGGGAAGCUGCGGGCGCACGAAAGUAUAAAGCAACACCUCCGCCUAUAGCAAGUUAUCAUCAUAAACAUCAAAAUCCACAACAUAGACAUUCCCCACACCAUUCUAGCGGUUAUCCACCCAGAGUCUUACCACAAGCGUCACAACCGCCUCCUCAGCCCAGACAACAUCAAACCACUCCUCUUGCUAGACUUUCUCCUAGUAGUGAACUCAGUCAACAGCCUAGAAUAUUAACCCUUCACGAUAUUUCCGGUAAACCUCUUCAGAGUGCUUUGCUGGCCACAACGUCGAGUUCAGGAGGCGUGGGCAAAGAUGCGCUGCACAGUAAUAGUGAACGAAGUCUAAAUAGUCCUGUUAUGUCUCAAUUAAGUGGACAAAGUUCUUCAGCCGGUAGAAAAACACCUAAUGUAUCUGGGCAAGCUACACAAGUGUCCGUUGGUUCUGGAGCCGUGGGUCUUACAGCCGAAGAAAUAGAAAGAAUGAAUGCUAGACAGCGUACAUCCAGUUUGGUAUCUACAUUAGAUGCAGUUUCAAGUUCCAGUGAAGCACCGCGCUCUGGGGGCGUAAGCCAUCACAUGUCCCAUCGACAUCAUUCACCACCCGUUGAUAAUAGAAGUUCUACAGGAUCUGAUGACGAAAGUGGAAAUGACAGUUUCACUUGUUCCGAAAUAGAAUACGAUAAUAAUAGUUUAAGUGCGGAUAAGCCCGAAGACGUACGAAGAUCUAAUGUUAGCAAUACAAAUAACAAUAAAAAGCCAAUAUUACCCCCACCAUAUGAAAGUUUCGAUUCUUCCUUUCGUGGAUCUUUAAGCACUCUAGUCGCAUCGGAUGAUGAUUUAGCUCCUCAUCUAGGUUCGGCUUUGUACAGACAAGCUAAUGGAUCACCUGCGCCGGCAACAUUAGGAUGGGACUAUUUAUUAAAUUGGGGACCAAAUUUUGAAAGUAUGAUAGGUGUAUUCAAAGAUAUUGCUGAACUACCAGAUUCAGUAAAUGGUCGCAAUUGUCUCGAUAUUUUCGGAUCGAACUGUGUCACUCCACCGUUGCUGUGUCCAAAUGAAAAUAUAACAUUUUGGUUAUACACGAGAGAAAAUGUGACUGAACCAACAGAGAUAAAAUCAAAAGAUUUGAAAACUAUUCGUUCAGCUCCUUGGGUCAAGGAUGCGCCAAUAAAAAUUUUGAUACACGGUUAUACGGGACACCGAGAUUUUUCACCGAAUACGGAAAUCAGACCAGCUUAUUUUGAACGCUUGGACUACAAUAUUAUAUCUGUGGACUACAACAAAAUAGCCUUAGAGCCAUGUUAUAUGCAAGCAGCAGGGAAUACAGAACUCGUGGGUAUGUGCACAGCUCAACUCAUAGAUGAAAUGGUGGGCGAAGGUUUUCAACUAAAAGACUUCCACGUCAUAGGAUUUAGUCUUGGUGCGCAGGUAGCUGGAUAUAUUGGCAAUUAUAUUCAAUCAGGAAAACUAGAAAGGAUUACAGCUUUAGAUCCAGCUCUCCCGCUAUUUGUGACUGUAGACAAAAAUAAAAAAAUCGACGCAACCGAUGCUAAAUUUGUCGACAUGCUACAUACUAAUUCUUUACAAAAGGGGAAAUUGGAAGUGGGUGGAACAGUUGACUUUUUCGCAAAUGACGGAAUCGAACAACCUGGUUGUAAAAGAACAGAAAAUUAUACGAGAUCAGGGUGCAACCACGCCAGAGCUCCAAUGUACUAUGCGGAGUCUAUAACGUCCAAAACCGGCUUCUACGCCACAAGAUGUUAUUCGUGGUUCACUCAUAUGUUGGGACUUUGUGGAAUAAUUGGUAGUGGGGAGGAAAUACUUUUUGGAGAAUAUGUUCACAGAAAUGCAUCUGGUGUAUAUUUCUUCCCCACCAACUCUGACUCUCCAUACGCUCGUGGUCCUUCUAACUCCACAUACCUUGAAGAUGAAGACUUUAAUAAAAAUAGCUCUUUCUUAUCCACUCUAUCUUCGUUUCUGUUUGGGUAA